GAGUUCUCGCCGACCAAUUUCGUGUCCCACAGUGGUCACUUUGGACUCUUCUCGCCAUGGCCCCCCUGGCUCAGACCCUGGCACUGCUGGCCAUGACCGUGGCCACUGCGGCCAUCACGGUGGUGCCCCUGGACAUGGCCCAGAACUCCUUUGAUGACCAGUACCUGAACUGUGGCCCUGCCAUGGCUGAGGCCUUGCCGGCCCUCAACGGCUCCGAGUUCCAGGAGAACAAGGAGUUUUCCCAGGUCUGGGUGAAGGCCACGGCCGAGUGGCAGAAGCGGGGCUCCCAUUCGUCCACUCUGAGCAAAGAGCAGGCCAUCGCCCUCAUGGCCUACACGAUGGAGGACGUGUACCAGAAGUUCAACGCCGCCGUGCGCGAGGCUGGACGCUCCAGCCGGGAAUACCGGGACAACUUCCACUUCAAAACGCUGCAUUUCCUGCUGACCCAGGCCCUGCAGAAGCUGAGACGCCCUAAUGAGUGUCUGGACGUGUACCGAGGGGUGAGGGAUGUCCAGUUCGAUGCAAAACUUGGCAAUAAAGUCCGCUUCGGCCAAUUCGCUUCAUCGUCGCGGGACAAAAACGUGGCCCAGGGUUAUGGGACAGACACAAUGUUUGAGGUGUACACGUGCCACGGCGUGGACAUCCAGGCUUUUUCCUACAAUCCUAGCAACCGUGAGGUGUUGAUCCCACCCUUCGAGACCUUUGAGGUCACCAAAGUCACCGGGGAAGGGAAGAAGGUGAUUGGGCUUCGCUCCACUGGGAACUCCAGCAACUACAACUGCGAGUGGCUGCGAGGUGGGAGUCUCCCCAGGAACUCCCCCCACUUUGGGGGGCUUCUCCUGGCUACCGUGGCCAUGGCAGUGGCCAUUGGAACCCUCUAAGCCACGAGGCCACCAAGGUCACUGUGGUCUUGGGUGCCAGUGUGGCCACCAUGGUCACGAAGGCCACCAGGACCCCCAGAGAAAGGAGGCCACCAAGGCUACCGAGGCCAUUAUGGCCACUAUGGUCACUUUGUCCACUGUGACCACAGUGGCCAUUAUUGCCAGCGUGGCCACCAUGGUCACUGUACCAAGGCAUCCAUCCUGGAAAAGCCCUUCCAAGAGCUGCCCAGUGAGGAAGCGGUGCCAUGGCAGCAGGACCAGCACGAGGGGAGCUGGAGCAGCCAGGACAGCUCAGGACAGCACGGACAGCACAGACUGGGCAGCGCUGGAGCCACAGACUGGGCAGCUCUGGGGCCGCUUGGGCACUUCCUGAUAGAGGGGGUGGCACUGGGAGUGGCAAUGUCACGGCCACCUCCUAACGCUCCUUGGCUGCCUCGCCUGAUGUAGCAAUAAAUUGCUGCUUGCUCAGCUUGUGU